AAGAGUCUAUCCCCAUAAAAUUACAUUUGGGAAGUGUAGUUGUCAUGGACUUGCAGUAUAGCAACGUUAAACAGCUAUGGUAUAAUCAAGAGCCACAAUUCCUGAGAAAAUUGAAGUAUAUUGACCUCAGUCACUCCCUCCAGCUCACAGAGACUCCAGACUUCUGGUAUCUCCCAAAUCUUGAGAAGUUGCUUCUGAUUAACUGUAAAAAAUUGGUCCUGGUUCACAAGACGAUACGCAUUCUUAAUAGAAAGCUGGUACUACUGAAUUUUAAAGGCUGCACUGAGCUACGUGACCUCCCUGUGGAACUAUAUACGUUGAAGUCGCUGGAAACUCUCAUUCUAUCAGGCUGCUCGCAACUUGAGAGAUUGGAUGAUGCUUUAGGUGGACUGGAAUCAUUGACAACUCUAAAAGCCGAUUUUACUGCUUUAAGGAAAAUCCCCUCGUCUAGUAAUCAACUGAAGAAACUGAAAGAGUUAUCUCUUGAUGGCUGCAAAGAUUUAUGGAAAGACAGAGACUUCACUCGUUCUGAUGAAAGCCCUCAAGAGUCUCUACCUACCACUCUCUCAUUAACCGGUUUAACCUGCCUAGUGACUUUGAGUUUAGGUUCCUGCAAUCUAUCUGAUGAAUUAAUUCCUGAAGAUCUUGGGAGUUUGUCUUGCCUUGAGGAACUUAGUCUCCAGGGCAACAACUUCCGUAAUUUGCAAACGGAUUUUGCUGGUCUUUGGAGUCUACAGAUCCUCAAAUUGGAUAGUUGCUCAGAACUUGAAUCCAUGUUUAGUUUGCCAAAAAAGUUGAGAUCCUUUUAUGCCAGCAACUGUAUCAUGUUGGAAAGAACUCCAGACUUAUCAGGGUGCUUGGGGUUGCAAUCUUUGCACCUCACAAAUUGUUUCAACCUUGUUGAGACACCGGGGCUAGAUACACUGAAAAGGGUUGGAGUCAUCCAUAUGGAAAUGUGCAAGCGCAUAUCAGAUACUUACAGAGAAAGAAUCAUGCAGAGAUGGGCAGUGGAUGGCAAUGGGGGAAUAUUUGUCCCCGGAUCAAGCCUUCCAAACUGGGUUAGCUUCAAGAAUGAGAAGCAUUCAAUUUCUUUUACUGUGCCUAAAUCUUUGAAUCCUGAUCUGGUCGGGUUUACUUUGUGGACACCAUAUGUGAGUCAACAAAACGAUAUGUUGUCUGCAUACUCUUCAAGAAUCACACUGAAGAAUCAAACCAAUGGAGAUAUAUGGAGUCUCAAUCCAGCAACAGAUCACAUUCGUAUGUACCGUGAAAAACACAUCUGGCAAGGACAUUUUUCAAAUGAUGAGUAUAACUUACAAACAGGGGAUCAAGUGGAAGUUUCUGUGGAUUUUGGAGACCAAAUCGCCAUUCUUGAGACAGGACUAUGUCUUGCUUACCGAGAAGAAGACACUGAUUCAUCAGACUCGGACACUUCAGAAGUUGGCCAUGAUGAGAUCAUCGAUGAACAGUUGAUACUAAGGGAGGCAGGUGGUGAUGAUGAAGAACUAGUCAUGGAAGAAACCCAAAGUAGACCUCGUAGGAAAAUGGGAAUGGGUUUAAAGACACUUGUGGGCGCGUUUGGUUUGUUGACAAUGACAGUCAUUGCUGUUCUUGGAAAACGUAAUAUACUCCUUAGCCGCCAAAACCGCCUUCGCAGCAUUGAAGGUGGAAAGAAUGAGAAAGAUGUAAGACUAAAGUUUUUCUCCCGCCAAGGUUUCUAGAUUAUUUAGGUUUCUUGAACUAGUUACUUGAUGAAUUGCAACCUAAUGCCAUGAUUAUCCGCACGUCCCACACUUCGUCUUUAGCUGAUUCGGCGUGGGUCCCAGACAUAAUGUCCUAGACUUUGUUCAUUUGUCCUUAGAUUAGAUAUGUCCUAGACUU